AGAAAAGGCAGUGAUAUGAGUUCUCCUCUGAUCCUUAAUCUCCUCUUCCUUGCCUUGUUCUGCAGUGUGCUGGCAUCCACCUCCCAUUCCCACGAUGAUGAUAGGAAGAUAUAUAUUGUGUACAUGGGGAGCAAGCUACAGGACCCUUCUUCCGCUCAUUUGCAUCACCGAGCAAUGUUGGAACAAGUGGUUGGCAGCACUUUUGAUCCACAAUCUGUGUUAUACACCUACAAUAGAAGUUUCAACGGAUUCGUGGUGACACUCACUGAAGAAGAAGCUCAAGAGAUUGCUAGCAAGGAGGGUGUGGUCUCUGUGUUCCUCAAUCAAAACAACCAUCUCCACACGACAAGAUCGUGGGAUUUUAUGGGGUUUCCACAAAAUGUUGAUCGCGUACCACAACUGGAAAGCAACAUAGUUGUUGGAGUUUUGGACUCCGGAAUCUGGCCAGAGUCUCCCAGUUUCAACGAUGAUGGUUUUGGUUCUCCACCAUCCAAGUGGAGGGGCAGAUGCCAAGUCUCCAAUUUCAGCUGCAAUAGAAAAAUCAUCGGAGCUCGAGCAUACCACAUUGGGAAGUCCAUUGCCCCUGACGAAGUUAACAGUCCAAGAGAUACCAACGGCCAUGGGACCCACACAGCGUCCAUAGUGGCUGGCGGUCUGGUGAGCCAGGCAAGUUUGUAUAAUCUCGGCCUCGGCACGGCCAGAGGAGGGGCUCCCUCUGCGCGGAUUGCGGUGUAUAAAAUAUGUUGGAAACAUGGGUGCUCCGACGCCGACAUUCUUGCGGCAUUCGACGAUGCAAUUGCUGAUGGGGUCGAUUUCAUUUCCCUUUCCGUUGGCUCCAGUAAACCGCGCCCUUAUUUCAGCGAUCCCAUUGCUAUUGGAUCUUUCCAUGCAAUGAAGAAAGGAAUAUUGACCUCCAAUUCCGCCGGAAACGAAGGUCCCAAGGACUCCACCACCACAAGCUUGUCUCCAUGGCUUCUUUCUGUCGCUGCAACCACCAUGGACCGAAAAUUUGUCACUCGAGUAAGGCUUGGCGAUGGAAGAUUCUUCCAGGGAGUUUCAAUCAACACGUUCAACACUAUGGUUUAUCAAUAUCCCUUAGUUUAUGGUGGUGACGUACCCAACCGAGGUUUCAAACGCUCUAUCUCUAGAUACUGUCGGAAAAAUUCAGUGAAUCCGGAGAAGGUGAGGGGGAAAGUACUUCUUUGUGAAGCUAUAGUUCCUCCUUCUCUAUUCUCUUCGUUGGGUGCCAUAAAUGGCGUCAUAAUGCAAUCUGGUACAAGGGAUAAUGCAGGUUCCUAUCCCCUGCCUGCUGCCCUCGUCAGCCGACAAGAUGUCAUUACCAUUUUUCGCUUCACUCGUGAAACACUCACUCCGUAUGCCAUGUUUUUCAAGAGUAACGCUACACAAGAUCCAUCUGCUCCUGUUAUUGCUUCCUUCUCAUCUCGGGGACCUAAUUCUCUAGCCAACCACAUUCUCAAGCCAGAUUUGAGUGGUCCAGGAGUUGAAAUUCUAGGAGCAUGGCCUCCCGUUGCGCCAAUAGCUGAAGUUAAAGACUCCAGGAGUUCGCUUUACAAUAUAAUCUCAGGGACCUCCAUGUCUUGCUCACAUAUCACUGGAGUCGCAGUGUAUGUUAAAACAUUCAAUCCAACCUUGUCUCCCGCUGCUAUAAAAUCAGCACUCAUGACAACCGCUUCGCCCAUGAAUGCUAGCCUCCACUCACAGGCGGAGUUUGCGUAUGGCGCAGGCCAUGUCAACCCACUGAAGGCUGUAAAUCCAGGGUUGGUGUACGAUGCAGAUGAAAAUGAGUAUGUGAAAUUCUUGUGUGGUCAAGGUUACGACACGGCCAUGGUUCGACGUAUCACUGGCGAUAAUAGUGCUUGCACUUCUGGAAACAUUGGAAGAGUAUGGGAUCUAAACCUUCCUUCUUUUGCACUUUCGGUAGCGGCCGGUUCGAAAGCCCUCAAUCAGUACUUCACUAGAACUCUCACAAAUGUGGCAUCCAGUGGAUCCACAUAUAGAGCUACCAUUUCUGCCCCAAAAGGCCUUCGCAUCACAGUGAAUCCCUGUGUUCUAUCAUUUAAUCGCAUUGGGGAAAGGAAAUCCUUCAAUUUGACAGUUGGUGGAACAGUGAGUCGUAGGUUAGUCUCUGCUUGUUUGGUGUGGAGUGAUGGUGUUCAUUCCGUCCGAAGCCCUAUUACAAUCUCCACUUCCCGUUGAGGUCUAGUUAAGGUGGUGAGGGCCUAUGAAGUAAGGUAAUGGUGUGUUCUAUCCCAAUACCAAAUAUGAAUAAAUGAUGUUCUCUUCCUACACUCAACUACCAAGACUACUACU